AUGGAACGCGCCAAACCAAUGAAAACACCAAUGCACGCUUCCAAUCCUCUAAGCAGAGACGAAUCAGGUAAACCAAUAGAUUAUAUGAUCUAUGGAGGUUUAUUUUCUCUAAAAAGGAAAAUUGAAGAUGCAGUACAUCGUGCUGAAAAUUUUGCAUUGACAGCCUUGGAAGAAAUGGUAUGGGAUUUUGAUAUGUGGAAUGAUCCAGCUAAGUCCAAUGACAUCAUUGUCAAGUUGGAAAACAGUGCCAAAGUGGUUGAUUCUCUAAGGGACUUGAAAUACAAGGUAGAGGAAGCAAAGCUGAUCAAUCAGUUGGCUGAGAUAAAUGUUAUUGAUUAUGGUCUUUAUAAACAAGCAUAUGAAACAUCAUUGGAUGUGAGUGAGAUUCUAGAUCAGUAUGAGAUUUCUAAGCUUCUUAAAAGGCCUUUCGAUAUGGCAGGAGCAUGUUUGGUUAUAAAAGCUGGACCUAAUGGCAUCUAUUCAAAGCUCUGGGCAGAACAGAUCCUAAUCAUGUAUCUUAGAUGGGCCAAAAGACAAGGUUAUGCAGGAAGGAUUGUUGACAAGUGUUUGUUCAAGAAUGGAGGAAUUAAUUCUGCGAUUAUAGAGUUUGAAUUUGAGUGUGCAUAUGGAUAUCUUUCAGGGGAGAAAGGAGUUCACUACAUGAUAAGAGGUUCUCCAAAUGAAUCUUCUCAGCUUGAGGCUAGCUCAGCAACUGUAGAUGUUAUUCCCAUGUUCCUUGAGAAUGCUUGUGAUCUUGAAAUUGAUUCUGAGGAUUUGAUUAUCUCAUCUCCCUUGAUUCAUGGGGAAAACAAGAGACAAACUGAUCAUACAGUUUGCAUUCAGCAUAUACCUACUGGCAUAAGUGUCCAAUCCUCUGGUGAGAGAAGCUACUUUGCAAAUAAGAUGAAAGCACUAAACAGACUGAAAGCUAAACUUCUAGUGACAGCAAAGGAACAAAGAGUUGCAAGUAUAAAAAGUAUACGGAAGGAAAACAUCGUCAAUCUAUGGCAAGAAGAAUUUCGGAGGUACAUCUCUCAUCCGUACAAGUUAGUACACGAUGUAAAGACAGGCGUUGAGGUGCCAGACCUAAAUAAUGUUCUGGAGGGGAAUAUUGGACCUCUCAUUGUAGCUCAUAUUAAUAGCAGAGUCAUGUCAUAAGGUCAGAAUCCAUGUUCCUUAGGCCACCAUGUUCUCAUUUUGCAAUUGUUUAGCAUGAUAGACUUAGUAUUUUCACUUUUUCAAUCCUGCAGGAUUUACUUCUAUCCCUUAAUU